AUGUUCCUGACAGGAAAGUCCAGAACUCAGUGUGAGGAUGUUUCUCUGGAUGUGGUUCUGAAAGGAGCAAUGAAUAAAGCCUUGAAGAGUAAAAACGGACACCUGGAUCUUUUCCUUCGAUUUCUUCAUGGCGUCUCACUGAAGUCCAAUGAGGAUGUUUCUCUGGAUGUGUUUCUGAAGGGAGCAAUGAAUAAAGCCUUAAAGAGUAAAAACGGACACCUGGAUCUUUUCCUUCGAUUUCUUCAUGGCAUCUCACUGGAGUCCAAUCAGAGACUCUUACAGGAUGCACUGAUACACACAGAGAACAACCCAGAGAGCAUCAAGAAAAUAAUCCACAACCUCAAACGAGGUAAAAAAAACAACGUCAGUCCUGACAGAUGGAUAAAUCUGUCACACUGCUUGAUUGAGAUGAAGGAUAACUCUGUUUUCGAAGAAAUGCAGACAUUUUUAAACUCGAAUACAAAACAAAAAAGUAUUUCUCUUGCACAAUGCUCAACUUUGGCAAACAUAAUCCUGAUGUCAGAGGAGGUGCUGGAUGAGUUUGAUCUUAAAAAAUUCACCACUAAAUCAAAAGAUGGGAGACAGAGACUGUUACCUGCUGUGAGGAACUGCAGAAAAGCUCUAUUGACAGGCUGUGAUCUCACUGGUCAGCACUGUGAAAUUGUAGCUUCAGCUCUACAAUCAUCAAACUCCCUGAGAGAGCUGGACCUGAGUAACAAUGACCUGCAGGAUUCAGGAGUGAAACUGCUCUGUGCUGGACUGAAGAGUUCAAACUGUCAACUCAACAUACUGAGAUUAUCUGGCUGUAUGGUGACAGCAGAAGGUUGUGCUGUUUUGGCAUCAGCUCUGAGUUCAAACCCGUCACACCUGAGAGAGCUGGAUCUGAGCUACAAUCACCCAGGAGAUUCAGGAGUGAAACUGCUCAACCACCUGGAAAAACUCAAUGUGGAUCAUGGAGGAGAGUUCAGGAUCACUGCAGGACCUCAAAGAUACGCCUGUGAUCUCACACUGGAUCCAAACACAGCACACGCUCUCCUCGUUCUGUCUGAGGAGAACAGAAAGGUGACGUGUGUCUCUGAGGAGCAGUUAUAUCCUGAUCAUCCGGACAGAUUUGAUGGGUAUUAUCCUCAGGUUCUGUGUUCAGAGAGUCUGACUGGACGCUGUUACUGGGAGACUGAAUGGAGUGGAGAUGUUCAUAUAUCAGUGGCUUAUAAAGAAAUCCAGAGGAAAGGA